AUGGACCCCUCGAGUCUGUUUCGAACAGCAGCACUGUUCCAAGCAACAGAUCCCCGCGACAAGGUUUACGCACUUGUGGCUUUCGAAUCACUCAAUUUUCACCGCUUUUGGAGGAUCAGGGUGGAUUACAAAUUAACUACGGCCCAGGUUUAUUGUCAAGCCACCGCGGGAUGCAUACUACAAUCAAAAGGACUGAACAUUUUGUAUCACAUCCAUCAUGGAGAUACCAACUUGGACGAACCCUUCAGCACACCAGGACGUUCACUCAUCGAGGGUGAAUUUGCGACGUGGGUUCCCCAGUUGAAGGGAGUUCACUACAGCAACGCCUUUGCUUGGGAAGAGCGCUGGACUGCCCAUGGAGAAUUGGUUACUGCCUUUGAGGAGGACGAUGCAGAGUAUCAAAAAUUUCAUGUUAGGGGCGUAGAGCCAAGCCGGCAUGGCAAUCACGAGCACGUUCCCCUGCAUUAUCACACGAGCCAAGUUGUCUCCGCGAUACAAUGUCCUCGUGACUCGAGUAUUAAGACUUUGAAGGUGAGGGGCAUUCAAGUCGAUGUUGCAAUAUCUGGAAGCAUGCCAUUGAAUCCUGCCUGGUGGGAUCCCAAGCAUAAGAACUUUACGCCAGUUCUGCUUUCACUUCUCAACGAUAUGCAAGUCUCUAGACAGCCAGACUUGGAGAGCCAGACCACUAUGGAAAGGGCGCAAGGCAUCCUGUCAUCAAUACUGCAAGCAACGAUCGAGGAUGAUGAUACAUCACGAAAUCAAUUAAGGUUGUAUUGGAGCUACGUGGUGAACGUGGUGAAGACAAUGAGGGGCAAGACAUUACCUCCAGACUUUUACAACACCUUUCCAGGUCUUACAAGCCUAACCGAGGAACAAAUGCGCCAGGGGGAGGAGUGGGUGGCCCGCGUGCAACAAUAUACAUGUUACAGAAGAGUCUUCCGUACGUGCAGGGGAAUUUGGGGCAAUGGGCCCUCGUCGAUGAGGGCCAAUGAUAUUGUCGUUGUUGUCUAUGGUAUCAUUGUGCCUCUUGUGCUUCGGCCCAGUGGUGAUAAGUGGCAGCUAGUCGGCACAUGCUAUCUACAUGGUUAUAUGCACGGACUAGCUGUAGAAGAGUUCAAGAUGGGAAAGCUCGAGAUGCAAGUAUUUGAAAUAGAGUAG